AUGCCUCAACGCGACAUCGCACAGCUUCACGAUUCCUCCCAUCUCAUAGACUCGAGCCCUCGAGUACCAAUUGGCCCUCUUCCCACUUGCAUCGAGACUACUACACCUUUCUCUGCCACCUCAACCUACCCACCGAAGCCCUCAAACACCCUCCCCCGAAGGCUGGACCUCGAUCCCCGCCGAACCCCUCCUCGCCCACGGCCGAGCGACGCCGUCAUCGACCUCCUCCAGCACCUCCCCUACCUCAGCCAUCCCGACUUCGAGCCCCAAGUCCUCCCCGAGACCACCUGCGUCGACUACUCCGCCCUGCCCUCCGAGUCCCUCGACGCCCUGCGCCGCGGCCGCUUCGACUCCAUCGUCGACCCGCCCUUGGACGACGACGAAGCCCUGGACCCGGACUGCCUGUGCAUCGCCCUCGGCCGCCGCCACGCCUGGUCCCUCAUCCUCGACCUCGCCAACGGCACCAUCAUCUGGUACAGCAUGGACGGCGAGUGGGACCCCGAGGACCACGACCUCGGCCGCGUCCUCCCCGACGACUCGCCCCGCCGCGUCGCUCCCGACGACGGCCCCCGCGUGGCGCGCCCAACCCACCUACGAUCUCAAGUACUUUUUCGCCGACUUUUGCCGCGCCCGCCUCGCUUGCAUGCACUGGAUUCCUCACGUCGACGGCGAGAUCCGCUCCGUCGACCCCGCGAGGAGCUGGGCCGCGAGGAUGCGCUGCGCCGUCGCAUGUUGACGGAGGCUGGGUUUCCCGACGACUUUGAUCGGGACAAGUGGUUCGAGGACGAGGGCCACAGCCAGUUGUGA